CCUCUCCACUGUUUACCUCUACGCUCCUCGCUCAACAAGGAGAUCCUCAACAGACCGAUACCGGCACCCCUUUCAGUCCUAGCACACAAAACAUCCCUUCGGCACCUCACACACCACAGCUUAUGUCUUCUCAACAAGCCCCGGGUGCACAACAGACACAAGCUAAUGCAGCCAAACCGUCUUUAACUGGUGUGAGGAUCAAGCAGAGAAAGGGCCAAGCCAGGGCCACCGCCAAGUUCGAGCCUGAAGCUUUCCGCGACAACCUCCUUACCUACCUCGUCUCCCUUCCCGCCGACGCAACCCCCGAUCAAAUCCUCGCCAAGCUCGUCACAGCUGGAGCUCAACUUGAACUUCUCAAGUACAGCGAUGCAUUCUUCGAGCUCCUCAUCUGUGGAGGUCUUCUCCAGCCCGGUGGGAGUUACCUCGACGCCGCUGGUGACGAGACCAAGAGGAGCAAGAUCGCUAUCCUCAGGACCAAAGGGACGGGAUUAGGAGAUGCCGAUAUCGGGGAUGAGGACCAAACUCUGGGGGGGGAUCAGGGUGAUUGGAAGAAGGAGAUCAGGGAUCUCGUGGAUGUCUUGAAGAGGCUCAUUCAGAGGUACAAGUACCUCCAGAAGCCCCUCGACGAGAACUCGCUCCCCAGUCUGAUUGCAUACAUCGCCAAAUGGGACCCCCUUACCCGAGAGAAAUUGGCUUACGCCACUGCAUGCUUCGUUACCGAAGGCCUCGCUUCCGGAAAGUGUUUGCAGAGUCUUUGGAGGGAUGCCGUCGUCAAGGACGAGGUCGGGCUCACCUUCCUUACCGAGUUCAUUCAAUUCUACCUCGCCUCUCCCAACCCUCAAACCAUCGAAUCUUUCGCCCUCUUGUUCCGCAAGUCGGGUCUCGACAAGCUCGGCUUGAUCAACGUCUUCCCCUCGCAAGUCAGGACGACUGAACGUCUCGAGGAACACUUCAAAAAAGCCGAGCUGGGUGGAGUCGUCGAUUGGUACUUGAACAGCGUUAGGAAGGUCGUCAGGGAAGAAAUGGUCGGCAGGUUGACCGAGAUGAUGGGAGGCGAGGAGGACACCGUCGAGGAGAUGGCCGAAUACGUCAAGGCUCAACAGAACGAGACCAAGAUUGGCGAGGUCGACCUUCUCCAGGCUAUCUGGGCUGCUAUCAUGGCCGACGUCGACUGGACCGCCAAGCCGGAACAACUCGAGGCUUUGGCCCUCAAGAACAUCAAGACCUACGCUUCGUUGAUGGAACCCUUCUGUACUACCGCGAAGGCUCAAGUCUCGCUCAUCAACACCGCGCAGGUAUACUGCUACACCGAAACGAGGAUCAUCAAGGCCUUCCCCCAGAUUCUCAAGGUCCUGUACAACGAGGACUGUAUCUCCGACCAGGCCAUCAUCUACUGGGCUCAAAAGGGAGCGUCUGCUCAGGGCAAGGGUCACUUUGUCAAGGCCGCCGAGCCGCUCGUCAAGUUCUUGCAAGCUCAAGACGACGAUGACGAGGACGACGACGAGUAAAGAGUUGCUCGUAUGACGAUCGUAUAUAUUAUUGAUUGACACUCGUAAGAUCUCGUUGACGAUGUACACAUGCAUAUGCUUUUGAAGUCCCGUAUUGCUUCGAGAAAGUUCGUACUCUCUAUAUACCGCCUAUCCCUCGAUUCUAGCUUGUCCGCCGAUGUCAAUGAGUCUCUUCAAUUCUGCCACCAUAUUUUGAC